CAAGAUAAUGUGGUGACUAGGAAGCCAGAGAGAGGGAGCCUAAGCCUCGGAGCAGAGCACAGCACAGGAAUACACUACUUUUCACCAGAACGACAUUCCGACCUCUGAAUCAAACCUGGAAUGGCCCUUCCAUUGAACUUCUUGUGAUGGAGGAAAAGAAACCCUCAGUUUUCUCAUAGCAAGAUGGAAGAGUUUGAAUGCAUACCUCAGGUCCAGCUCCAGCCCUGACACACGCCUCCGCUGUUCCUCGCAGCGUCGGUCGCCUAGGAGACAAGGGCCACUUCCGGCAACACAGUCACUUCCGGCAGCACAGUCACUUCCGUGGAGUUCCGGCCUCUCCUCGAGGGCGGGCGCUGAUUGGCCCGUUUGAAAUGCGCCUGGCGCGAGCUCACCUGAGUUCUCAGCGUCGCCGCCGGCCCCGCGGAGCGCCGCGCCUUAGCCGCGGAGUCCCAGUUCCAGCGGCCUGUCCCAGUGUCCCUCCGGCUUCUCCGGCUCCCCGUCCCGCGCGCGCGUUUGGGCGGCUUGGAGCCUGCUGCCAUGAAGCCAGCGAGGGCUAAGACACCCCGGAAACCUAUUGUGAAGAAAGGGUCCCAAACGAACCUUAAAGACCCAGUUGGGGUAUACUGUAGGGUGCGCCCACUGAGCUUUCCUGAUCAAGAGUGUUGCAUAGAAGUGAUCAAUAAUGCAACUGUUCAGCUUCAUACUCCUGAGGGCUAUAGACUCAACCGAAAUGGAGACUAUAAGGAGACUCAGUAUUCAUUUAAACAAGUGUUUGGCACUCACACCACCCAGAAGGAACUCUUUGAUGUUGUGGGUCAUCCCUUGGUCGAUGACCUUAUUCAUGGCAAAAAUGGUCUUCUUUUCACAUAUGGCGUGACAGGAAGUGGAAAAACUCACACAAUGACUGGUUCUCCAGGGGAAGGAGGGCUGCUUCCUCGUUGUUUAGACAUGAUCUUUAACAGUAUAGGGUCGUUUCAAGCUAAACGAUAUGUUUUUAAAUCUAAUGAUAGGAAUAGUAUGGAUAUACAGUGUGAGGUUGAUGCCUUAUUAGAACGUCAGAAAAGAGAAGCUAUGCCCAAUCCAAAGACCCCUUCUAGCAAACGACAAGUGGAUCCAGAGUUUGCAGAUAUGAUAACUGUGAAAGAAUUCUGCAAAGCAGAAGAGGUUGAUGAAGAUAGUGUCUAUGGUGUAUUUGUCUCUUAUAUUGAAAUAUAUAAUAAUUACAUAUAUGAUCUGUUGGAAGAGGUGCCAUUUGAUCCCAUAAAACCCAAUGAGAACUUUACAAAGGAAAAAGAACAAAUCACUGUAAGUCAGUUGUCCUUGGUAGAUCUUGCUGGAAGUGAAAGAACUAACCGGACCAGAGCAGAAGGGAACAGAUUACGUGAAGCUGGUAAUAUUAAUCAGUCACUAAUGACGCUAAGAACAUGUAUGGACGUCCUGAGAGAGAACCAAAUGUAUGGGACUAACAAGAUGGUUCCAUAUCGAGAUUCAAAGUUAACCCAUCUGUUCAAGAACUACUUUGAUGGGGAAGGAAAAGUGCGUAUGAUUGUGUGUGUGAAUCCAAAGGCUGAAGAUUAUGAAGAAAGCUUGCAAGUCAUGCGAUUUGCGGAAGUGACUCAAGAAGUUGAAGUAGCAAGACCUAUAGACAAGGUCAUAUGUGGUUUAACUCCUGGGAGGCGAUAUAGGAACCAGCCUCGAGGUCCAGUUGGAGAUGAACCAUUGGUUACCGACGUGGUUUUGCAGAGUUUUCCACCUUUGCCAUCAUGCGAAAUUUUGGAUAUCAACGAUGAGCAGACACUUCCAAGGCUGAUUGAAGCCUUAGAGAAACGACAUCACCUACGACAAAUGAUGAUUGAUGAGUUUAACAAACAAUCUAAUACUUUUAAAGCUUUGUUACAAGAAUUUGACAAUGCCGUCUUAAGUAAAGAAAACUACAUGCAGGGGAAACUAAAUGAAAAGGAAAAGAUGAUCUCAGGACAGAAAUUGGAAAUAGAACGACUGGAAAAGAAAAACAAAACUUUAGAAUAUAAGAUUGAGAUUUUAGAGAAAACAACUACUAUCUAUGAAGAAGAUAAACGCAAUUUGCAACAGGAACUUGAAACUCAGAACCAGAAACUUCAGCGACAGUUUUCUGACAAACGCAGAUUAGAGGCCAGGUUGCAAGGCAUGGUGACAGAAACGACAAUUAAGUGGGAGAAAGAAUGUGAGCGUAGAGUGGCAGCCAAACAGCUUGAGAUGCAGAAUAAACUCUGGGUCAAAGAUGAAAAGCUGAAACAACUGAAGGCUAUUGUUACUGAACCUAAAAUUGAGAAGCCGGAGAGACCCUCUCGGGAGCGAGAUCGAGAAAAAGUUACUCCAAGAUCUGUUUCUCCAUCACCUGUCCCUCUUUCUAGUAACUAUAUUGCUCAGAUUUCCAACGGCCAGCAACUCAUGAGCCAGCCACAGCUACAUAGGCGCUCUAACUCAUGCAGCAGCAUUUCUGUAGCUUCCUGUAUCUCGGAAUGGGAGCAGAAAAUUCCUACGUACAACACACCUCUCAGAGACACAUCUAUUGCAAGGCGUAGGCAGCAGGAGCCAGGACAAAGCAAAACUUGUAUCGUGUCAGACAGAAGGCGAGGGAUGUACUGGACUGAAGGCAGGGAGGUGGUUCCUACAUUCAGAAAUGAGCUAGAAAUAGAAGAGGAUCAUUGCUGCAGGAAUGCACCACCAAUUCGUCUCCGACACAGACGAUCACGCUCUGCAGGAGACAGAUGGGUAGAUCAUAAGCCCGCCUCUAACAUGCAAACUGAAACAGUCAUGCAGCCACAUGUCCCUCAUGCCAUCACAGUAUCUGUUGCAAAUGAAAAGGCACUAGCUAAGUGUGAGAAGUACAUGCUGACCCACCAGGAACUAGCCUCCGAUGGGGAGAUUGAAACUAAACUAAUUAAGGGUGAUGUUUAUAAAACAAGGGGCGGUGGACAAUCUGUUCAGUUUACUGAUAUUGAGACUUUAAAGCAAGAAUCACCAAAUGGUAGUCGGAAACGAAGAUCUUCCACAGUAGCACCUGCCCAACCAGAUGGUGCAGAGUCUGAAUGGACCGAUGUAGAAACAAGGUGUUCCGUGGCUGUGGAGAUGAGAGCAGGAUCCCAGCUGGGACCUGGAUAUCAGCAUCAUGCACAACCCAAGCGCAAGAAGCCAUGAACUGACAGUCCCAGUACUGAAAGAACAUUUUCAUUUGUGUGGAUGAUUUCUCCAAAGCCACGUCAGCAGCAGUCUUCCAAGUCAUCUUGUAGAGCUUCAGCUUUGUGGACCAUCACAGCCCUCAGCUGUAUCAUACACUGACCUAGAUCAAAGCUUUCCCUGUGGUUCCAAAGACAACUAGUAUUCAAUAAACCUUGUAUAGUAUAUUUUUUGCCAUAUUUAAUAUUAAUAGCAGAGGAAGACUCCUUUUUUCAUUGCUGUAUGAAUUUUUUUAUAAUGCUUUUUAUAUUUCAUGUAUACUUAAUAAACAUUCACACAAGUGUUUGUCUUAGAUGAUUAAGGAAGUAUAUAUCUAGAUCGUGCCUUAUUUUUUAUUGUGACUUUGUGCCAGCCCUGGUCUGAAUUUCUUAAGGUUUUAUAAACAAAUGCUGCUAUUUAUUAGUUGCAGGAAUGCACUUUAGAACUAUUUUACAAUUCAGACUUUCAAAAUAAAGAUGUCAAUGACUGGCCAAUAACCAUUUAGGAAGUUGUUUUGAAUUCUGUAUGUACAUAUUCAUUUUUUGACAUUUAGAUAUUACAAAAGAAUUAAAAGCACUAAGAAAUA